AUGCCAGACCGUGACAUGGACUCGUGGCACAUCAUGAUCGAUGGCUACUCGGUCAAUGGGCUUGGGGACGAGGCGCUGCGGCUGUUUGAGCUGAUGAAGGAGUGCAUGGCACCCACCAGUCAGACCUACCUGCUUGUGCUCAAUGCUUGUGCCAACUCAGAGGCCAUUGAGGAGGCGCUCCUUUACUUUGAUGCCAUGUCCAGGGACCAUGGCAUCGGGCCUGGUCUGGAGCACUAUGUUGGUAUCAUUGAGGUAUUGGGGAAGUCAGGGCAUCUCAACGAGGCUCUGGAGUUCAUCGAGAAGCUGCCUUUCGAGCCCAAUGCCAUGGUGUGGGAGUCACUCUUGAACCUGGCCCGGAUGAAUGGAGACAUUGAUCUUGAGGACCGGGCAGCAGAGUUAUUGGUGUCGCUUGAUCCGUCCAAGGCAAACCCUAAGAAGCUCCCAACCCCACCUCCGAAGAGGCGCCUGGGAAUUAACAUGCUUGAUGGGAGGAACAAGCUAGUAGAGUACAGGCUGCCACCAAAGAUUGAAAAGAAGGUGGUCAAUGAGCAGAGGUACGUCCCAGACACAAGAUAUGUGCUCCAUGACAUUGAUCAGGAGGCCAAGGAACAGGCAUUGCUGUACCACAGUGAGAGGCUGGCAAUUGCUUAUGGUCUGAUUAGCACCCCAGCAAGGACUCCACUUCGCAUCAUUAAGAACCUGAGAAUAUGUGGGGACUGCCACAAUGCCAUCAAGAUCAUGUCAAGGAUCGUUGGGAGAGAGCUCAUUGUGAGGGAUAAUAAGAGGUUCCACCAUUUCAAGGAUGGAAAGUGCUCCUGUGGAGAUUAUUGGUGA